UCUUUUAUCGUUUUGAUCACUACAUGUGUCUUUAUUUGUGAGUGACCAAUUCAGUUUGUACAAGGCAUUAAAACAAGUGUGUCACCUUCGGGUCCGGAAACACGCCCACAAUUGCUAACUGUACGCGCAGAGAAAAGCCAUUGGACAAGAAGGGCUGUCGAUAGCGCAUUGCUGCCAUUCUUUCCGUUCUGUUCUGAGCUUGGCGAAGAGUUUUGCAGAUGUGUCUCAGUAUGGGCAGUUGAAACAGCAGGACACUGCUCAAUAGUGUAACUUUUACAGAAUACUAAGUUAUUCAUUUCUGAUAUACAUAUGGGAAAUUGAUAACUAAUAUUGUUGUACGGAAGCUAAGACUGUGCCGAUUUUAGAAUUUAAUUCAUUUGUUUUGUCUUGAACGACAAGGAAAAUGCCAGUAGCAACUCUAUUGCCUUUUACAGCUACCCCGAGUAGGAAGUCUGCCAGCCCGACCUCCUUCAGACUGACAGAGAAAUUCAUUUUGCUAUUAGUUUUUAGCGCUUUUAUUACGCUUUGUUUCGGGGCUAUUUUCUUCCUACCGGAUUCCUCUAAGCUACUGAGCGGAGUUUUUUUCCACUCGUCCGCGGUAGAAACCAACACGCGAACAGGUACGGCCAGUGAUUCAAACGUUGCAGUUGGGACCGACGAAAAAAUAUUAUCCAAGAUUAGAAAGGACCACGAAAAGGCUUUGGUUGAAGCAAAAGACACUCUCCAGAAACGACCAGAUGAGAUAAAGCAAGAUAUACAAAACGAGAAGGACAAAGUUUUGAAGGAAGGGAAAGGUAGGAAAGAUUACAAUAACCUUCCAGUCAUUGAAUAUGUCCGGCCACCCGGAGCAACAGGGCACGAGCCAACCGAUCCGGAAACCAAAGAGAGACGAGCAAAAAUUAAAGAGAUGAUGACAUUUGCCUGGGACAGUUACAAGCGCUAUGCCUGGGGAUCCAAUGAGCUGAGGCCUGUUUCUAAGCAAGGCCACUCCAGCAAUCUGUUUGGGAGCAUAAAAGGAGCCACCAUCGUGGAUGCUCUGGACACCCUGUACAUCAUGGAGAUGUAUGAGGACUUUGACAUGGCCACAGAGUGGGUGGAAAAGAACCUGGACUUUAACGUGAAUGCUGAGGUCUCUGUCUUUGAAGUGAACAUCCGGUUUGUCGGAGGCCUGCUCUCCGCAUAUUACCUUUCCGGCAAAGAGGUGUUCAGGAAGAAGGCCAUAGAGCUGGGAGAGAAGCUGUUGCCUGCAUUCAAAACCCCCACAGGCAUCCCCUGGGCCCUCCUAAACCUGAAGAGUGGCAUCGGAAGGAACUGGCCAUGGGCGUCUGGAGGCAGCAGCAUCCUGGCAGAGUACGGCACCCUGCACCUGGAGUUCAUGCACCUCUCCAAGCUGUCAGGGAAUCCAGCCUUCGCAGAGAAGGUCAUGAACAUCCGGAAGGUUCUUAAUCGCCUUGAUAAGCCUCAGGGACUGUACCCCAACUACCUGAACCCUAACAGCGGACAGUGGGGACAACAUCAUGUGUCAGUGGGCGGCCUGGGAGACAGCUUCUAUGAGUACCUCCUCAAGGCCUGGCUGAUGUCGGACAAGACAGAUGAGGAGGGCAAGAAGCUCUACUACAACGCUCUGCAGGCCAUUGAGACCAGUUUGAUAAGGAAGUCCAGCGGCGGCCUGAUGUACAUCGCCGAGUGGAAGGGCGGGCUGCUGGAGCACAAGAUGGGUCACCUGACGUGCUUUGCCGGGGGCAUGAUCGCCCUGGGGGCGGACGGAGCGCCCGAAGACAAGACGGGUCACCAGAUGGAGCAGGCCGCAGAGAUUGCCCGAACCUGCCAUGAGUCCUACGCCCGCACCACCCUGAAGCUGGGCCCGGAGGCGUUCAGGUUUGACGGGGGCGUGGAGGCCAUCGCCACGCGGCAGAACGAGAAGUACUUCAUCCUGAGGCCAGAGGUCAUCGAGACCUACAUGUACAUGUGGAGGUUCACCCACGACCCUAAGUACAGGGAGUGGGGCUGGGAGGCCGUGCAGGCUCUGGAGAAGCACUGUCGUGUGGAGGGGGGCUACAGUGGUGUGAGGGAUGUCUACGCCUCCAGCCCCAACCAUGACGACGUCCAGCAGAGCUUCUACCUGGCCGAGACACUCAAAUACCUGUACCUGCUCUUCUCUGAUGAUGACCAUCUUCCCUUGGAGCACUGGGUGUUCAACACCGAGGCCCACCCCCUCCCUGUCAUUAAGAAGGAGAUGACAGACACAGACAAGCCCAGCCAGCUGGAGUAGAGUGGUCCUCCUGGACCACCCCCUGACCUGACCCCUCCCACCACCAAACUCCUCUACCCCCUCCCUCUCUGAGCAGUGGGCGGAGCUGUCUCUCUUACUCCUCCCCCACCAUGGGUGGAGCUCACCCAGGCAGGCCACUCCCCUGGCGGACUGGACUCUCUCCUGUUUUGGAGUCCCUGACCAGACCAGAUGGAACCGGACCGGACCGGCUGCCUGCCUCUCCAGACCCAGACUGCCCCCUACUGGGGACUGGGAAGAACCACCUCAUCCAAGAGUGCUCGUCUUGUCAUCUUGUAGAGAAAGCAGUCAGUCUGCAUGCUGCCGUCCAUCCCCCCCACCCCCCCUCCCUCUCAGUGCUGUAAAUCUACCCUCCUCUGUGAGGAGAACAGGACACUCUGCGCUGUAAGAUUUGCCGUCACUCCAAAAAAAAAGCCAUACUGAUUUGAAGACAGCUUUAUCAUUUUUUAUUUAUUUUUUCCACCAUUUGCGGUAUGUGUUUGUGGGUGUGACUGAAAACAGAUCUAUGUCAAUCAACAUAUUAUCACAUUUGUGUCGUUCUUAUCAUAAAUAUGAUUUUAGUCACACUUAAACAAUGGACCAUUUAGGUGGAUUUCUGUUAAAGACCCAGAGCUUGGUUCUCACCUGCUUGAUAGUCAAAUCUUAACUAGUGCCUUUCAGUCUAAAAUGGUCUAUCAAAUAAGCAGUUCAGGCAAAUGGCAAGGUUUAAAGGGCAGGUAGGUACCACAUUGUUCAGAUGGCAUCGUUGAUUUAGUGCUUAAUCAUCUCCUCUACCACACUGACAUCUAGUGUUCAACACCAGUAAUACACCAGUCCAGUCCUCCAGUCAGUCGAGUGUAGUAGGUCGACAUUACAUUUCAGUCAUUUAGCAGACGGUCUUAUCCAGAGCGACUUACAGUUAGUGAGUGCAUACAUUUUUUUUU